CCUGGAGUUCUGUAAAGUACAAAUAUGUGUUAUUCAUUUUGUAAGUUUUGAUAGUGAAGAUAUUUGGGAUCUUCGUAGAAAAUGCUGAGGAUUUCGGAGCGGACGUUGGAAAUGUGGAUGUGGCAGCACUCGCGGAAAAAACUUUGCUAAACCGUGGAUGAGAAUCUACAAAGAUGAAUAAGUCUGAGGUGAUGGUCAUCGGUUCCUCGGAAGCGAUGUGGUCGAUGAAUCAGACCUUCUCCUGCCAAGACCGAGAGUCCCCAGAAACAGAACUCUACCGGUUCAUCACAAACGGAAUCCUGCUGAACGUCAUAGGAGUUCUUGGGAUCGUAGGAAACAUAAUCUCAAUGAUAAUCCUAUCAAGACCUCAAAUGCGAUCUAGCAUCAACUACAUCCUGACCGGCCUUGCCAGGGUGGACACCGUACUGAUCAUUACCAGCAUUCUACUCUUUGGAAUUCCAGGAAUAUAUCCUUAUACUGGUUAUAUGAGAACGUACUACUUCAACGUGUAUCCGCAUAUUGUGCCGAUUGUAUAUCCAUUGGCUAUGAUCAUGCAGACUGCUUCUGUUUAUCUAACGGUUAUGGUUUCUUUGGAUAGAUUCGUGGCUGUUUGCCAUCCUUUAAAGUCUAGAUCCAUAUGCACGUACGGCAGGGCCAGGGUCUACGUAAUUGGGAUCUUCAUAUGUUCUGUGCUCUACAGUGUGCCUAGAUUCUUUGAGGCUAGUGUCCAGGAAGAAUGGGACCCAGUUGCAAAUAUGAGCAUAUACUGUGCUUACCCUUCAGAAUUUCGACAAAGUCCUAAGUACGUCACUAUUUACGUUUACUGGUGCUACCUAAUCUUCCUCUACUUAAUACCCUUCGUCAGUUUAGCUGUUCUGAAUGUAGCAAUCUACAGACAAAUACGAAAGGCGGAUAGGGAGAGGCAGCGUUUGUCGCGUCUUCAGCGGCGUGAAAUUGGGUUAGCGGUGAUGCUGAUGUGCGUGGUAAUGGUGUUCUUCCUAUGCAACAUAUUGCCCCUCGUGAUAAACAUUAUAGAGUCGUUCAGUUUAGAGUUCGUGGGUGCCGAUAUGCUGGACCGCAUGAUCAAGACUAGCAACCUUCUCGUCACGAUCAACUCUAGCGUCAACUUCAUAAUCUACGUGAUCUUCGGCGAGAAGUUCAAGCGUCUCUUUCUGAUGCUCUUCUGCAGUCACGGUUUCUUCGGGGUCGGAGGUCGUGACUCGCCGGACGGCGCCACUCACGAUGAAAGCUUCAUGUCGAACGGCGACAGGACGAGCAUUCGUCUGCACAGGCAGAACACCGCCGCCAGUCGGAACGGCUUUAAUAUCAGAACGAAUGGGACAAGCGUGAGGGACAAGAGGAGCAACAGGAUACGGGCGCCGAGUCCUGGACCAUGCGUCUACUAUCCUGCGACGAGGGGCAAGGACGGGGUUACCACUACCACAGUUGCCGCAACUACCACUUUCAACACGCAAACCUCUGUUCCAAACGCCGACUGGACGGAGCAGAACGGAUCUUCCUCGACCAAUUCUACCGGAUUCUGAACUAUUACCAAUACUUUCUCGAUACUAUUCCACGGACCAAAAGGUUUUUUUCUAAACUAACCCACACUUUUAUUUCUAGUCGAACCAUGCAUCCAAUAAUUCUUGAUAGGCCAGAUGUAUUGCAUUUGAUCGCGAUUUUAGUGCUUCAAUUAUUUAUAUCAAGAGAUUACCUAGACUUAGCGCAUAAUAUGUUGCAUCAAAUGCAAUUACUUAGAAGAUAAAAUCAAACAUCAUAAAUAUCUCUAAUCCCAUCAUGAAUCAUUUGUUAUACUGCAUCCACACUAAGCCUGAUAUGAGACAUAAAUGACAGCGAAGAUAUCCGAAAAUUAAUUCCUACAGUAUCUACAUAGUGACAUAAACUUAUUAUAUUUGGUAUACAUAACAGCUUAAUACGCUAUCGGCUCUGUCGAGAUAGUUGCACUUCUAUCUAAAAGAGUAUAUUGGAAACAUGAUACAAAUAUACAACAAAUAAUACUGUACAUAAGCUACAUAUUUUCCUUGUAAAUAGUAACAAUCCUAGUAAAAAUAAUAAGUGCAAUAGUCUUUCUAUUUUUAUCAUAUUUUUUCUAUUACGUAUAUGGUGAACUGCUCUCAUAUUUACGAAAGAUGCGCGAACAUUACUUAAAUAUUUACAAUUGUACUUUCUCUAACUCCCAUUCAUAACUAUGCAAGUUGGUGGUUAAAAGAUACUAAAAAAAAUGUACAUUUGUAUCAUGGAUUGGAACAGUAUGGAUAAAACAUAUUUCAACACGAUCAUUUCG